CGCAGCCAGGCCAGUGAUUGAGUAUUUCAGCGUUUUUUUUCCCAGAACCUAAAAUGUACAGAUAUAAGAUCACACUAAAGGACCGUCAACAGCUGUAUAAGCUGAUCUGCAGCCAGUUGCUGUAUGAUGGAUAUAUCAACAUUGCCAAUGGACUCAUAAAUGAGAUGAAGCUCCAUUCCGUGUGUGCACCUUCCGAGCAGUUACUUCACCUCAUUAAAGUUGGUAUGGAGAAUGAUGACAGCGCUGUUCAAUACGCCAUUGGUCGCUCGGACACUGUGGCUCCUGGCACCGGCAUUGACCUUGAAUUUGAUGCAGACGUGCAGACCAUGUCUCCUGAGGCUUCUGAAUACGAAACUUGCUAUGUCACCUCCCAUAAAGGGCCAUGCCGGGUGGCUACUUACAGCAGAGACGGGCAACUCAUUGCAACCGGCUCGGCAGAUGCUUCUAUAAAGAUCCUUGACACCGAGCGCAUGUUGGCUAAAAGUGCUAUGCCAAUUGAGGUCAUGAUGAAUGAGACUGCCCAGCAGAACAUGGAGAAUCAUCCUGUCAUCCGCACUCUCUACGAUCACGUUGAUGAGGUCACCUGUCUGGCUUUCCACCCAACAGAACAGAUCCUGGCCUCCGGCUCUAAAGACUACACCCUGAAGCUAUUUGACUACUCAAAGCCGUCAGCCAAAAGAGCCUUUAAAUACAUCCAGGAAGCAGAAAUGUUACGUUCAAUUUCAUUCCACCCGUCUGGCGAUUUCAUUAUUGUCGGGACACAACAUCCAACUCUCCGACUCUAUGACAUCAACACCUUCCAGUGCUUUGUGUCCUGUAACCCGCAGGACCAGCACACCGACGCUAUUUGUUCCGUUAAUUAUAACAGCAGUGCCAACACAUACGUUACCUGCAGCAAGGAUGGCAGCAUCAAACUAUGGGAUGGUGUUUCAAACCGAUGUAUCACCACCUACGAGAAAGCUCAUGAUGGAGCCGAGGUGUGCUCAGCCAUUUUCUCCAAGAAUUCCAAGUACAUUCUGUCCAGCGGCAAAGACUCUGUGGCCAAGCUUUGGGAGAUCUCUACUGGAAGGAUGCUGGUCCAAUACACAGGUGCGGGGCUGAGCGGAAGACAGGUGCACCGAACCCAGGCUGUGUUUAACCACACAGAGGAUUAUGUAUUGCUUCCAGAUGAGCGGACCAUCAGCCUCUGCUGCUGGGACUCCAGGACUGCCGAACGCCGGAACCUCCUUUCGCUUGGUCACAACAACAUAGUUCGCUGCAUUGUACACUCCCCCACAAACCCUGGUUUUAUGACUUGCAGCGAUGACUUCAGAGCCAGGUUCUGGUAUCGACGGUCAACUACAGACUGAUAGCCUUUCAUGUAAUUAACUCAAAGGUUCUGCUCACAGAAGAGUAAGCAAGUAAGAAGACGCCAGCUGUAGACUGUGAAAUAAGCACCGGUUAUACUUGUCAAACAUACCAGUGUAAAACCAGUCAUUACUUUAGCUCCGCUGUGUACAAGGGGUAAUGACUUUCUGUUUCAUGAGCAUUUAUCCUGAAUACCCCAUAAAAUUCAGUCUAGUUUCUCCUACAGAGUAGAAAUAAGUUUGGGCCCACGUCAGCCGGCCUUGUUUACUGUCAUCGCUCUACCAAAAGUAUAUCUUUUUUUGGCCUGUCCUGGUGGGACGGGCAUAACUAAACCUAAUUGGAAAUGUUUUAAAAUUUGCUUUUCAGAAGUUCACACAUAUUUGUAAUCAUUAUACUUCCUGUUUAAUUUUACUUGUUUAGCCCCAAUAAUUCUGCAGUUCAUUGCACACACUGGGCCGCCAUUACUUUAUUAGUCUACAUUUGAGGGUCGCUGACCACGCUUGGCAAUGUAGGUGCAUUCUGAUUAGAUGGAAAUACAUACAUAAACAUUGGUUUGUUUUUUACAACCGUAAAAGCCAGUGCAGAUCACACAACGCUUACACACGUUUUACAUUUCCCGUGUUCCAUUUUACAUAUUGAAUGUCGUUUCCAAAAUCACUGCCACAUUACGCUUAAAAUGACUAACUAAAAUAUAGUGUACUUCUAGAAUUCAAUGUGUUUCUUUGACAAGAAGACAGAUAUUCGGUUAUUUCAUAUUCGAGAACAGAUUGGUCUCUCAAAUUCCCCUCACGCCAUUUAGUCGAUCUUUUUCCAGUUUUGUAAAAUACAUAACCUUUGUCACACGAGCCAAAAUUUGUACAUUGUUUAUUUUAACUUGGAAUAAAAAUGCCUUUUUUGUUUAUUUCAGUUGCUAGUUAACACCACAGACUGGUUAUUUAACUCGUUCUUUAAAGACGGCGCCCAUAACGUGUUACAUUACAGUGAGAUACUGAUCUUUUGGUGUACACAAACACAAACACUAAGAUUUGUACAACAUAC